AUGACUUGCGAAUCUUGCAUGGUCAACUUCGAGCCCGACACCCUCUUCUGGGGGCGUUGGGAGGGGAAGAAGAGGUUGUAUAACCACGUGAACUACACGGACUGCAAGCCCAAGACUUGCGAAAAAGGAAAGUGUGGAGAGUUAAACCCCGUAGACUCCGACGACAGCGACAAGCGUCCUCGAUUCCGAGACAAGUUACUGGAAGAGGCAAACACCCUCUCGGUCGGCUGGGUUGGCGCAGGGUUCAACAUAGCGCGUGGGUGUGCUGUACUGAUAGAAUUGGAUUAGGGUUCCCAACCCCGCCGUGGGUGUGGGCAGGGUUAUACCCGUAAUUUUGUGCUAGGGAGGCAAUGAGGCGAUGUUUCGCGUCGAAGACACCGUACAUACCUUUCCAUUGAUGUAUUGGUUUGCAUACAAACACGAAAAACGGAAGAAAGCGCUAGUCUAUUUCAUAACACGCAACACGCAUGUCUCACCCCGGAAGUAACGCCGUUGGUCUCCCACGACAAACGGGCAUUUGGCAAGGCAGCAAAUUGCAAGAAUUAGGUGUGGUGAAAUGCUCGCAACGAUCGGCCAUCGAAGCAAUAGAGGGUGCGCGGGCGACAAAACAAACGUUGCGGGUAGUCUGCUCCCAGGUCCGCUACAUAUAUGCUCUUCGCCCUCGUUCCCGAUGGCAACUUAGAUGCAAUAAGGUCGUCGUCAACCUCAGGUGAGGAGUGAAUUGUCGAUACAGUCCCUUCUACGUGUCGCGUUAUAUCAACUGUUCCGCUUAUGUAUCAUACGGCCAAUGCCUCCUCGCGCCCCGGGGUGAGUAUUUAACAACGAUACGUCAACGGCGCCACCGACUGACUGUCAUGAACGCCGGAUUUACAUCCUUCAUAUGUAAAAGGUUGCGAACUCCCCCGGUGCUAGGUGAAGUGCAAGCACUAACGCUGCUUUUCGCAUUCAAGAGUCGGACACGACCUUCUAAUUUGUCUUCGUACUUUUCCUGGACGCUCCCGACCCAGCCCCGAAACCGUCCCUAACCCUUUUGGCCCUGCGACUCUUGUCUUGUCGGCCCUCAGGGUUACCGAUUGAGUGCGUAACAACGCCGGGGCGCCCCUUACUCCCUUCCGGCCUCCCUUUUUUCGGGGCUUGCGAUGGGUUCCUCGUCUUCGAGCCACCGCUCGGGUCAUGCAAGUGGAACUUGACGAGCUUGUCAACUUCUGCCUGAAUCUCGAGAGCCUUGGCAAACGGUACCGUCCUAAAAAUUUCGCCGACGUUGUCCUUACUCCUUGCCAUCAUGGUCGCGUACGCUCUGCGCUGGUCGGACGCUUGCCGUUCCUCAGCGGCCAGCGCUGGACGUUCUGAGGGGUGAACGCCUUCCUCGCGUUGUUCUGGUCGUCGAAUGUUGGGCCCCAGUAGUUGUGGUCGUCACCUGCGACACAUCCGUCCCACCCGUUACCGUGCACCGUGUUGUCCAACACCCUGGAAACGGUCCAUGGCUCAUCGCUGCCGUCAGGUGACUUCCUCCACCGGUUAUGUACGCUGUUACCGUCGAAGUCGUGACGAAGCAAAACUC